AUGGGUCGCCUCCUCUCCAGCCUCCUUGGCUUUCUACUGACUGCGUUCGUAAACAAUGCAGCUGGGGCUUCCAUUCUGACUCUGACUCCCGAGCAGUACUGGAAGUCUGCUCUUCCAAACACUCCCAUGCCAAGCUCCCUCUCUCGGCUGCUCUGCACAUCGUCGGUCAUCUGCGGGCAUGGGAAGCACGGGGGCGCGACGGUUGGUGAGAAAUCCCAUGUGUUUUUCAGUGUCUACACCACAGUGGAGGGGCACUUGCACUUGCCCGACGACCCCAGCGCCGCGCUCUUCUUCUUGGAGAAGGACCUGCAUAUGCACGCGGGCCGGAAGAAGCUGAUGAAGCUCCAUUUCAUGGCCACCCCCGGCGCCGGUGACAAGUUUUUGCCACGAAGCGAGGCCGACGCCAUCCCGUUCUCCUCUGACAAGGUCCCUGAGAUCCUUGGCCACUUCUCCCUGAAACAGGACUCCCAGGAGGCGGCGCAGAUGGCGCAGACGCUGCGCCACUGCGAGGCGCCCGCAGCCGAGGGCGAGCACAAGUGGUGCCCCACGUCACUGGAGUCCAUGAUCGACAUUGCCACGUCCAGCCUUGGAACCAGCCACGUGAGGGCCAUGUCCACCGUCGUCGGUAAGGAGGGAACACCAAGGCAGGACUACACCCUGACCGACGUAAAAUGCACCGGUGCCGACCGUCUCCUGGUCUGCCACGCGGAGCCGUACGCGUACGCCGUGUUCGCGUGCCACCUGCCUCAGGCAACUAGGGCCUACACAUUGUCGAUGGUCGGCGAGGACGGCACAGCGGUGGAGGCGGUCGCGGUGUGCCACGCUGACACGGCCGCCUGGAACCCCAGGCACAUCGCAUUCCAGGUGCUCAAGGUGAAGCCUGGCACCGUGCCGGUGUGCCACUUGGUGCCGCAGGACCACGUCGUCUGGACCAGCGGCCGUGAGUUUGCCAGCUAUUCGGAUGUGUGA